AUGGCGGUUGGCUUGGAUGCUAAGGAUGUGGAAGCCCUCGAGAAGGUGGGCGUGAACUCUCUCGCCAAAGUGGCGUUCAUGACGAGUUACACGCCGGGAUCCGGCGACGAUAAAGAUCUCAUAGCAGCAUUCGAGUCGGCUCUCGGGUCACCACCCUCCGUGGGACAGAAGAGCUCAUUCCGCAAGCUUAGGUCCGAGACCAAGGUUGAGGUGCGUGCUGAUACGAGCACCGAGCUCCUUCUGCAGCUGGCGCUGCAAAGGCGCGGCAUUGCCAUGGAGAUGGCAAACAUCCUUGAUUACCAUGUUCAUUAUCACUGGGUGGAGAGACUUCUCUCUGCACGCCUGGACAGUCACCCAGCUACGCAUCUCCAGCCGACACUUGAUCAGUGCCAACAGGCGGACAGGAAGCUUUGGCAACUUCUGGGCGAGUCCACUCGUUCGGGUAUCCAGCUCAAGGCUGGUGGCAGGCCAUUGGACGGCAUUUUCGAGAAGACUUGGCAGUCGCCGGAGGUUCUUCACCUCCUGCAACCCAUGCCUCGUGCAGCAGGGAGCUCAGCUUCAAAUCAAGUGACUCCUCCGCCCAAGUUCCACGGGGCUGGCCCAUACGAGCGUCCGAACAAGGGAACCAGGAAGGGCACUGGGAAAGGCAACAAAGGUGGCAAGGGCGGCGGCAAGGUCCCGAGUGCCCUCUCAGGGUGCCGAUCCUGCACGAAUGCAGGCGAGAACAUUUGUUUUGGGUAUGGGCUCAAAACGUGCCGCGAGACGGUGACUCGAGGCGAGCCCAGCAGCUCGCAGAGCUCGACUCAGAGUCGAGCGAGUCCAGACUCUCCUGGACCGCCUUUUGCAGCUCAGCAGGACUUGCCUGCUGAGAAC